UUUCUUUUCUAAUAUAUAUUGGGCAAGAUGCUACGCGUACAUAUAAAUAGAAUUUCUGUAAGCUGUGAGAAAAUCACACUCGGCUUGGCUCUUCCGAUCAAACCCAAACACUAUCUCCAUUAGUCUGCUGCCUACUCUUCUUUCCCGAAUCUUGACAUCUCUCAUACCCUUCUACUCUCUCGCGUUAUAAACAACAAUCUGUUCCGAUCUUCUUCUCCGAAUUCGUGCAAAUUCACGACGACGAUGGUAGACGGCAAGGUCAAUCUGCUCGAGGAUGGCUCCCUAGGAGAUCAAAUAGCAUCUGAGAGCAGCAUGCCUCGUUCUCCACAAUGGAUCUAUUCUAAACCAGUUGAUGCUAACGCAUUAACUGCUGGUGUGUUGGGGGAAGUGAGUGCACCUAGUUCUUUGCCCCCUGGAGUCUCCACGGAUCCUAGUCUGAAAGACAGUUGGUGUUCAAAUGGGUCUCAGGGAAGUAAAGAUUGGAGGAAGACUGCUCCUGAUGUUGAAAUCAGUCGCCGCUGGCGUGAUGAGGAGAGAGAGCCAGGCUUGAUUGGUAGAAGAGAUCGCAGAAAAGACGAUUGUCGCACAGAUGGCAUUUCAACUUCUGAGCAUAGAUCCUUGUCCUCUACUAAUCGCUGGAAUAAUAGCCGUAGUUAUGCACAUGAAUCUCGCAGAGAUGGCAAAUGGUCGUCAAGGUGGGGUCCUGAUGACAAAGAAAAGAAUUCUAGAUCUGAGAGGAAGACAAACAUCAAGGAGGAUAGUCACAUUGAUAAACAAAUUUUUUUCAGUGGCAAUCAGGCUGCUUCUGAACGUGGUACUGAUUCUCAUGAAAAAUGGAGGCCACGCCAUCAAAUGGAAGCUCAUGCAGGUAGCUUGGCUGCAAACCACACAGUACCAGGAUUUGGGUUGGAGAGGGGACAGGUGGACAGCUUAAGUCAGCGUUUUGCUCAGGGACGAGGAAGGUUGAAUAUUAGUGGCCCACAAGUUGGCAGGCCUUCCUCUGCAUCUCCUAUUGGGCUUGUGAAUAAGUGUAAUGCCAUACUUGGAAAACCUUGCCUCUCUGAAGAUGUAUAUUGCUACCCUAGGGGAAAACUUCUGGACAUUUAUCGUAAGCAAAAGACUGCUCCAACAUUCUAUUCCAUGCCUGAUGGGAUGGAGCAUGUAUCACCAAUAACACAAGAUGGCUCAAUAGAGCCAUUGGCUUUUGUUGCACCUGAUGCAGAGGAAGAGGAUUUACUUGGAAAUAUAUGGAUGGAAAAAAUGAAUAACGAUGGAGUGUUCCACAACUCAUUUAGAGACAAGAUCAGGGGAUCAAAUAAUAAUGCCACAGGCAUCUGUGAUGCAACUGUAAGUGAGUGGACGCAGAGUCCCACUAGUAAUCCUGAAUUAAAUGUUGAACCUUUUGGAAUGGCUGCUUUAAAUGAUUCUUCCGAAGCUACUAUGGCUGAGGUGCUCGAUUCUUGUGGUUCACAGUUAGAUAGAGUUAAAGACCGCGAUGCUGAAAAAGAAGUACAGCAACUUCAGACAGCAGUUGGUGUGGCAGUACCCAAUGACUUGAUGUCAAAAUUUACAUCAGGCUAUGAUUCCAGCAGUAUAAGUGGGAUUAGUGGCCCCAAUAAUACCUUUGCUGAACUUGAAUCUAGUGAUCAGGCAGUGGAAUUUACAUUUAAGAAACAUCUCCAAUUGAGAGAAAUUGAGUCAUCUGAUUCCUUUGAAAUUAGCAGCCAGCUUCCUGAAGAUUCGAGUUCUCUUUAUGAUUUUCUAUCUUUACAGAAAACUGCAAGCAGUGAUCAGCACCAUGUAAAUAGCAAUGAGGAAAUACAUCUACUAGGAAGUGUUAUCCCACCCGAGGAACUGAGUUUGUAUUAUCUUGAUCCUCAAGGGGAAAUUCAGGGACCUUUUCUGGGGAUUGAUAUCAUUAGAUGGUUUGAACAAGGUUAUUAUGGAACUGAGUUACUAGUCUGCUUGUCGGAUGCCCCUGUUGGAUCACCUUUUCAAGAGCUUGCUGAUAUCAUGCCUCAUCUUAGAAAUAGAUCUAGGUCUGCCUCUGGUAGUAAUCUGGUUACGAAUUUAGAACCAUCUGAUGCUACUACUGGAAGCAUCUUUGAGGAGAAUAUAACCAAUCCCACUUCUGCUCAUGGCUACAAAGACUAUGCUGUUAUAAAUGAUCAAAAGAGUGCUUCAUCUGGACGCAAGGCUACCUCAGGUGUUAAUGUUAAUCAUGGUUAUCACUCUGAGCUCCACUUUUCUGAUGAUCAUAGCUUCCAAAAUUUUGUAACAGAAGAUGACGAAGUUGGCUUUCCCACCAGGCCUGGAAGUGGCAAUUGUAACCCUUUGAGACCUUCCACCGACAUUCAUGGUUCAUUCUCUGGUUCUAUCAGACAUGCAUCCUCUGCAAAUGAAAUUUCAGAAUCUAGCAUGCCAAAUCAUAGCGAUGCUAAGUACCAUCCUUUUGGCCUCUUGGUGCCUGAGCUCAAAAAUAGCUGUGACUUGACGUGUGCUCCAUCAUCCUAUAUGUCAUCAAGCAUGGCUGACCAGGAUCCGUUGGUGUUGAGAGAUGCUGCUUUUGCCCAUAAAUGGAGAGACAUGCCACAAAAGUUGCAAAUGGAGCUACUUCAACAGCAGAAUCUCCCAUCUCCUCAUCCCUUGAGACAUGUUACAGGGCUGGGUGUUGAAAAUUCUUCUGGUUUAGCUUUUUCUCAGAGUAAGAACCCUAAUUUCCCAGUUCAUCAUUCAGAGCCAAAGUUGGAACAUCUCUAUGUGCUUCAGCGGCAGUUUGAGCUUCAGCAACAGCAUCAGUUGCAGCAGCUGCAGCUGCAGCAGCAGCAGGUUCAGCACCUUGCAACAAAAUUGCAGAAACAGCAGCAGCAAUCUCAAAUUCAGCAGUUGUAUAGCCAGAUAUCUCAUCCUGGAUAUGUGCAAUCAAAGGUAGAUCCUAUAGGGGACGACCUCUUUAAUCAGAUGCAACUGAGGAAGCACCUUCUGCAUGAGCAACAGUACAAUUCCCACUCUUUACAGCACCUUGAUCCAAUGCUUGAGCAGAUCAUCCAAAAAAAAGUUGAUCAGAAUGCUGUCCAAGAGUGGCCAACUCAUAUUUCGUUCCAACAUCGGCCUCUUCUCCAGCAAGAACAGUCAUCAAUACAGCAACCAUCUGUGGCAUCAAGACAGCAGUUAGGGUUGGUGGGUGAAAGGCUUAUUAGAGGCUCAUUGUCAGUUGAUGAAGGUGCUCAGUUUGUUAGGAAUCCUGCUGAUCGUCAGCAGGCUAUGACAGCGGGAUUUAAGGUUUCAGCUUUUUACCAGCAAUAAAAUAAGCUUUCAAACCAGGCUUUACCUGAGCCACACCAGUGAGGUUAUUACAGGAGCGACACCAUCUUCUGAUGGAGGUUAUUAUUUUAUAAUGUGCCUUUUCUUCCGGAUGUUGGGUUACUUAUUGUUGAUUGAUCAUGUGGAGAAUUUGACCUACUUUCAGAAGGCAGGCAUAAGUCAACUGGGAAUCCAAUAGUUGACUCUGUUGGCGGGCAUCUGUAAAGAAAGAUUUUGCAUUUUCAGAGGACCUCAUCUUUGCAGUGAUGCUGCUGUUUCCGGGGCAUCAUUCAUAGGCAUGCUAAACAAUUGCUGGUGCUUUCAGCGACUAAUGCAGUCAGUGAGGUUCCGACAUCUGACGGGCAGUGGCAUACAAGCAGAGGGCGAAGUGUUCCUUCUCUGCUUGGCUUCAAAGUCUUCAGCAAUCGGAUAAUCAUGGCUGGGAUUCAAGGCCUUGAAGACUGACAAUCCCACGUUGUUCAUCUCUUGUAAAUUAUCUCAAUUUUCUGGAUUAAAGUUGCCCAGUUAAAUUGACAAUCACACGAUGUUAGGCUUGAUCA